UCCUUUUACAUCUAAUCUUGAAAGCUCAUUCCACCUAUAAAUACCAUCUUUAGCUCUUGCAUUUUGCCUCAGACACACUCCAAAUUAAGCUAUCUACUAGCUAAUAGAUCUUGUUCGUUGUUUAGAUAUUUUUCUUACUUAAAUCCUUAAAUACGGAAAAUGGGUGUUUUGACUUAUGAGUCUGAGGUUGUUAGUGCUGUCCCUGCAGCCAAGUUGUUCAAGGUUUUUCUGUUUGAAUCCCACAUCUAUGCCCCUAAGAUUCUGCCUCAAACCAUCAAGAACAUUGAGAUCCUUCAAGGUGAUGGAGGCGUUGGAACCAUUAAAAAAACCAACUUUGCAGAUGGGUUUGAAGUGAAAUACAUAAAGCACAAGAUUGAUGCAGUAGACAAGGACAAUUUCACAUUUAAGUACACAUCGUUUGAAGGUGAGCCAUGGCUAGAUACCCUUGAUAAAGUUGUAUAUGAGACGCAAGUAGUGCCUACCCCUGAUGGAGGAUCCGUCACCAAGUUCACCACCAACUACUCUCCAAAAGGUGAUGCUGAGCUUGACGUUAACAUUGUCAAGAGGGGAGAUGAUAAUGCCAUAGGAAUGUUCAAGGCUGUCGAAGCCUACCUCUUGGCAAAUCCUGAUGUUUAAACAAGAAAAUCAAACCCCACGCCAUUAUGGUGAUCUUGUGUGCUAUUUUCUUGUUCAGCUAAAAACCAGCAAUCUUGCUUCCCCUUUUUCUUUUCCUUUUCAUUGCCAAAAUUACUUUUGGCGCAGUUGUAAGGUUUGUAUUGUGUGUGUGGAUGGUUUAGAGCCAUCAACUCAUGAUGAAUAUAAUAAGACAUCCUUUCCUUCUUAAUUUUUA